AUGCCUCAGCGGCUGAAACCUCAGGGAAUGUAUCCCAGCAAGAGCCCGAUAAUGACAGUCAACGGCCGUCAGCAGCAUCGGAAGUCAGCGGAGGCCGCGGAACAAUCAGGCCCCUCCUCGAGCAUCUCAAUCCUAUCACCGGACGGCCUGCAGUGGCUGGAAUCCCGCACCUCCGACGCCUCGCUGCGUCACCGGCUCGAGCAGCCGCUGCGCGGAGGCGGCAGCUGGGCGAAAUGGACCCAUCCGCUACUACAAUCACUCUGGCCAGCCAACACGUCGACGGCCCUCCCACCCUGGGACGAAGCAUUAGCGCUGGUCACCGAAUUCUUCGACAACUACAACACCGUCGUCCCCAUCUUCCACCCGCCCACCUUCAUGGCCCUGCUCGGCCGCCAGUACCAGCCCGGCGGCUCCACCACCAGCAACGCAACAACCCACGACGACCCCGCCUGGACCGCCGCCCUCAACGCCGUCCUAGCCCUCUCCCAACGCCGGCGCGCCGAGCAACAACCGCAGCCGCAAAACCGCGCCCACGCCCUCGCCGACCGCGCCUGGGCCUACGCCAAGAACGCGCUGGAAGUCCUCCUCGCCCUCCUCAUGCGCAGCACGAGCCUGCUCUCCGUGCAAGCCCUCCUCGCCCUCGCCAGCUUCUUCCGCGGCACGCCGAACCCGCAGCCCUUCUUCUUCCUCACCGCCGCCGCCGUGCGCCUCUCGCACUCCGCCGGCCUGCACCGCGACCACCUCGCACCACUCACCCCCGCCGACCGCGAGCAGCGCCUGCGCGUCUUCUGGAUCGCGCUGGUCCUGGAUGCCGGCGCGUCAUUCCGCACGGGGCGGCCGUGCACGCAUAGUGUUGAUGAUAUUGGCGUGCCGCUGCCAUCCGCCGCGCCGAAUGACAACCUCGGUAUCGUCGUCGACCGCCGCGGCGCCGCCGUGCUGAGCUACCUGCGCGCGCAGGCAAGGUUCGCUGUGCUUGAGGGUAGGGUGUACGGCCGCAUCUUUGCGGCGUGCGCGGCGGCGGCGAAGGACACGGAGGUGCUGGACGAAGACGUGCGGGAGCUGGGGCGGGAGUUGGAGGAGUGGAGUUGCAUGGUGCCGGGGGGGACGACGGUGGAGUGUAGCGAUGGGAGGAGGAGGAGGCUGGAGGAGGAGUGGGGGGGCCAGUGGUUGCAUGUGGCUGGUCUGCUGCUCGCGUAUCACAGUUGUGUUAUUACGGUGCAUAGUGCGACGUGGCAGCGGCACUUCAGUUCGCUGCGGAGCAGGCGGUGCGGCGGUGCGAGGGACGCUGCUGCGUCUUCGGCCAGCAGCAGCUUUCCUGGCGCCGAGGUGUGUCUGAGCGCUGCGCAUGAGAUUGUGAGGUUGCUCGCUCACGUUCCGAGGGAAUGCACGAGCUUUAUCUGGGAGCAGGUCCACCGCCCCGUCCAGGCGAUGAUGCUGUUCUUCGUCUGCAUCCUGCAGCAACCCGACGAUGCGGACGCUGAGACGCAUCUCCAGGCUAUCCAUGACGCUGUCGCCUUCAUGUCCAGGGCCAUGACGAACCAAGAGGACUCGUUUGUCCAGCCCAUGGUGACUGUCGGUCACGAGCUUAUCCGCAUCGCGCGCGCUGCCAUCCAGAAGGGCAGGGUCAGACCGGAAGCUGAUCAACCAGAUGGAAGCAGCGGCAUGAGGGUUGGUGGUGCUCAGCCACCGGAUGGCGUCCAAUUUUCUGCUGUCCCUGGGCUUGGGACUGGAAUGCAUCAAAGCGUUCUUCCGUCUACACCCAGCCGCAUGGGCGGCGUGGGCCAAGGAGCGGGAGGUCCGACCUCUACCCCGGCGGAACAGUCGAUGUCCGGUUUGGCCUUUCCGGACCCUUGGAGCGUGGACUCGGGGUUUGCUGGGAUCGAUCAGCUCUCCGACAUACCUCUUCCGUUUACGUGGAACUGGCAGGAUUUGUCGACUAGUCUGUUAGAAGACUUCAACUUGUUUUAG